AUGUCGCCAUCAGCAUUAUCGGUGCCGCAACCGGCGUUAGACGCAGUUGAUACCCGCUCAUUUCUCAAACUUCAUUGGGCGUGCUUCAAAGUGCUCGGUAUUAACGCGUCCAACUCCAGCGUCUAUUAUCGCGGCUAUUCGGUGCUGUUGCAUGUGCUCGUUACCUUCUGCUAUCCACUGCAUCUCGCCUUGGCACUCUUCAGUAGUGCUGAUGGCUCGACCAAUAUACAGAACCUCGCCGCAUGUGUUGUCUGUUCGAUUUGCAGCGCGAAAUUUGUCAUCUAUGUCACGAGAAUGUCGCGCAUACGUGAGUUGGAGUCCAUCAUUGCUACAUUGGAUGCACGUGCACAGAGUCCGUGUGAGCGCCGUUAUUUCGUGCAGUUACGUAAAGAAAUUCGUCGCAUUACCUUCGGCUUCCUUAGUAUUUACAGUGCUGUGGGCGUGACGGCGGAGCUGAUGGUUUUCUCUAGUAAUGAGCAUAAAUUGUUCUAUCCGGCCUGGUUCCCGUUCGACUGGCGUGCAUCGGAUUUAAAGUUCUAUGUAGCGCAUUCUUAUCAAUUUGUUGGCGUCUCCUAUCAAUUGCUGCAAAAUUUCGUUAACGAUUUCUUGCCAACUAUGGGUUUAGCGCUGCUGUCGGCCCACAUCAAACUGCUGGGUAUUAGAGUUUCACAAAUCGGCUACGCGACGGAGAGUCUCGCUGCCAAUGAGGAGGAGCUGCUGUGUUGCAUCAAAGACCAAAAGCAGCUCUAUAACAUGCUCAAUGUCAUUCAAAAUAUCAUGUCGCUACCGAUGUUUCUGCAGUUCGCCGUUACAGCUGUCAACAUAUGCCUAUCUCUAGCCGCAUUACUAUUCUAUGUAGAUGCACCGUUCGAUCGCUUGUACUUUGUAUCCUAUUUGAUCGCGGUGCCGUUGGAAAUCUUUCCCAUCUGUUACUAUGGCACAACAUUUCAAUUACUUUUCGAUAAGCUGCACGUUGAGAUGUUCUGCAGCAACUGGGUGGAGCAGACACAAAAAUUUCGCAAAAAUAUGGUAAUCUUCUGUGAGCGCUCAUUGAAGAGUCAUACAGCCAUGGCCGGUGGUAUUGUACGCAUUAAUCUGGAUACUUUCGUCUCGAUCUGUAAGACAGCUUACUCCCUGUUGGCUGUCAUAAUGAAGAUGAAUGAAUGA